UCCACAGGGCUAGAGACACUCCACUUGCUUCAUUGUCCAACAGAACCUCUGAAGACCCUGAUGUUUGCAUUUCUGGGUGUUUCCAUUUUCAACAUGACCCAUAAAGGGAAAGGGGGAAAUCAUGGAGGUCAAGAAAGUUUCUCGCCUUCAUCUUGAUCUUUUGCUUCUUCCUUAACCAGGGAAGUGAGGAUUCCAUGGAGCCAACCUUUGGAUGCAGCAAUGAAAUCAAUAGUAUAGGAAGAAGAACUUCUCUCUAGGUGAUGGACUUGCUGAAAUCUUGACCUCACAUACAGAUAAGGAAAGAAAAAAGGAGACUGAAACAUCUGUAUUGCAAUUAAACACCUGUAUCAUGGCUGACAUGAAGGGGAAAGCAUUCAUAUGCCUGGAAUGUGGGAAGAGUUUCACUCAGAGGGGUGAUCUGAAGCGACAUAAAAGGAUUCACACGGGGGAGAAACCCUAUACAUGCCUGGAGUGUGGGCAGAGCUUCAGUAGGGGUGAAGGUCUACGUUCACAUCAAAAGAUUCACACUGGGGAGAAACCCUAUACUUGCCUGGAGUGUGGAAAGAGCUUCUUUGAGAGUGGUAGUCUACGUUUACAUCAAAGGACUCACACGGGGGAGAAACCCUAUACAUGCCUGGAGUGUGGAAAGAGCUUCACUCACAGUCAUAGUCUAUGUUUACAUCAAAGGACUCACACAGGGGAGAAACCCUAUAAAUGCCUGGAGUGUGGGCAAAGCUUUGCUCAGAGUGGACACCUACAUAACCACCGAAGGAUUCACACAGGGGAGAAACCCUAUACAUGCCAGGAGUGUGGGCAGAGCUUCACUCAGAGUGGAAAUCUACGUUCACAUCAAAGGAGUCACACUGGGGAAAAACCCUAUACGUGCCUGGAGUGUGGGCAGAGCUUUACUAAGAGUGAAAAUCUACAUAAACACCAAAAGAUUCACACUGGGGAGAAACCCUAUACAUGUCUGGAGUGUGGGCAGAGCUUCAUUGAGAGUGGAACUCUACGUUCACAUCAAAGGAUUCACACUGGGGAGAAACCCUAUAAAUGCCUGGAGUGUGGAAAGAGCUUCACUGAGAGUGGAACUCUACGUUCACAUCAAAGGAUUCACACUGGGGAGAAACCCUAUACGUGCCUGGAGUGUGGAAAGAGCUUCACUGAGAGUGGAAAGCUACGUAGACAUCGAAGGAUUCACACUGGGGAGAAACCCUAUACGUGCCUGGAGUGUGGGCAGAGCUUUACUACGAGUGAAAAUCUACACGAACACCAAAAGAUUCACACUGGGGAGAAACCCUAUACAUGUCUGGAGUGUGGGCAGAGCUUCACUCAAAGUGGACAUCUACAUAGACACAAAAGGAUUCACACUGGGGACAAACCCUAUACAUGCCUGGAGUGUCGAAAGAGCUUUGUUCGGAGUUCAGAUCUACGUUCACAUCAAAGGAUUCACACUGGGGAGAAACCCUAUACAUGCCUGGAAUGUGGAAAGAGAUUUGCUCACAGUUCAGUUCUACAUAAACACCAAAGGAUUCACACUGGGGAGAAACCCUAUAAAUGCCUGGAGUCAUUGAUAUGCCUGGAAUGUGGGAAGAGUUUCACUUGUAGGAGUCAUCUGAAACAACAUCAAAGGACUCACACUGGGGAGAAACCCUAUACCUGCCUGGAGUGUGGGAAGAGCUUCUCUGAGAGUUCAGAUCUACAUAAACAUCAAAGGAUUCACACGGGGGAGAAACCCUACACAUGCCUGGAGUGUGGAAAGAGCUUCUCUGAGAAUUCAUAUCUACAUAGACAUCAAAGGAUUCACACUGGGGAAAAACCCUAUACAUGCCUGGAGUGUGGAAAGAGCUUCCCUCAGAGUGGAAGUUUACGUUCACAUCAAAGGAGUCACACUGGAGAGAAACCCUAUACAUGCCGGGAGUGUGGGCAGAGCUUCACUGAGAGUGGAAGUUUACGUUCACAUCAAAGGAUUCACACUGGCGAGAAACCCUAUAAAUGCCUGGAGUGUGGGCAGAGCUUCACUUAUAGUUCAGGUCUACGUUCACAUCAAAGGAUUCACACUGGGGAGAAACCCUAUACAUGCCUGGAGUGUGGGCAGAGCUUCACUAUGAGUGGACAUCUACGAUCACAUCAAAGGAUUCACACUGGGGAGAAACCCUACAAAUGCCAGGAGUGUCGAAAGAGCUUCACUGAGAGUUCAAGUCUACGAUUACAUCAAAGGAUUCACACUGGGGAGAAACCCUAUACAUGCCUGGACUGUGGGCAGAGCUUUACUACGAGUGGAAGUCUACAUACACAUCAACGGACUCAUACUGGGGAGAAACCCUAUACAUGCCUGGAGUGUGGAAAGAGGUUCACUCAUACUACAGGUCUACGUUUGCAUCUAAGGAUUCACACUGGGGAGAAACCUUAUACAUGCCCAGAGUGUGGAAAGAGCUUCGCUCAUAGUUCACAUCUAUAUAAACAUCAAAGGACUCACACUGGAGAGAAACCCUGUAAAUGCCUGGAGUGUGGAAAGAGCUUCACUCAGAGUGGAAGUCUACGUUCACAUCAAAGGAUUCACACUGGGGAGAAACCCUAUACAUGCCGGGAGUGUGGGCAGAGCUUCAUCCAUAGUUCAGGUCUACGUUCACAUCAAAGGACUCACACUGGGGAGAAACCCUAUAUGCGCCGGGAGUGUGGGCAGAGCUUUGCUCAGAGUGGAAGUCUACGUUCACAUGAAAGGACUCACACUGGGGGGAAAUCCUAUAAAUGCCAUGAGUGAUGACAGAGCUUCACCCCUUGUUCAAGUUUACAUUCACAUCAAAGGACUUACUCUGGGGAGAAACCCUCUGAACGCAUGGUGUGUAGAAAAAGCUUCUUUGAGAGCUGAAAUCUUCAUAGACACAGAAUUCACAUUGGAGAGAACAGCGGUGUUUGACUCCAAAGAGAGUUUCCCAGAUAGAGCUUUCUCGAUUUUUAUGUUGUUGAAACACUUUUUAGAAAUGCAUCCUUUUGAGACAAAGUAAUUCAGUUUAACUAGCAAACCAGAGAUUAGAACAACACCAUAUAAGACUUUCCAUAUAUAUAAUAUAAUAAUAUAUAGAAAGACAUUUCACUAGAGAGAUAGCAGACUGAGAGAUAGCUUCUAUUCCAGAGCUGUAAGUAUACAGAACUCAGUGGUUUUGCAUUGAUGUUGCAUUGGGGGCUGUGUGGGGGUGGUUUGGGUGUGGAGGGGCAAGUGUGUUGGUUUUGUGAUGUGUGCUAAGGAAAGCAUAGUGAUAGUGAAAGGAAUGUACUAAUUGGCAAGCCAAGGAAAGACCAGACACUCUUUGAU